CUGGGGCGGCUCCUGCGGGGAGAGGCCUUUCCUGAGCAUUGGCGGCCUGGCCCAGCCCGGGCAUCUCCCGCAGCACUGAGCACUCCUUGAAACUCCCCAUUCAGUGCCAAAGCCACCACCUCCACCGGGGGCCUUCCCCAGGGCCUGGUGCAGACCCCGGCUGAGAUGUUGAUGGGCUGACUUGGGAGGAGGGAAGCCCCGCCCACAGGCGGCACAGGCCCCGCCCACUUUCUAUGCUGAGACGAUAAAGGGGGCUCGGAGGCGCCCAGAGGCAGAGGCCAGAGACACCGCGAUGGUGAGGGCCAGGUUCCUCUCGAGUCCUCCCAGACCUGGGAUCCAGCUUUGCUCACCCAACCCUGCCCUCCCCCUAACCCUGCAGAUGCUGUGGCUGCUGUUCCUGACCCUGCCUCGCUUGGGGGGCUCCGUGCCCGUGUUCCCGGAUCUCAGCCCAGGGACUGAGUGGGCGCACGCCAUAGGGGGCCACAGUGCCCCUCCCGGGAAGUGGCCGUGGCAGGUCAGCCUCAGGACCUUCGACAAGGAGCAAAACCAGUGGAGGCACAGCUGCGGGGGCUCCCUCAUCCACCCCCAGUGGGUGCUGACCGCGGCCCACUGCGUGGCACUGGCCGCAUGGGAGCCACAGACAUACAGGGUCCAAACUGGACAAGUGACGCUCUAUCGCCACGACCAGCUGACGAAGGUGGCCCAGAUCAUCCUGCACCCCAAGUUCAACAUGAGCCUGUCGGCCUGGGGGGGCGCAGACAUCGCCCUGCUGAAGCUGGAGACCGCCGUGACGCUGUCCGAUCUCGUCCACCCGGUCUCCCUGGCCCCCGACUCACUAAUGCUCCUCCCGGGGAUGAAGUGCUGGGUGACCGGCUGGGGGACCCUCGCGCCGCUGCCCCCAGCCCCCCACCUGCAGGAGGCUGAGGUCCCCAUCGUGAGGACCCGAGCUUGCGAGAGGAUGUAUCACAAAAGCUCCGUUGCCCACGGCCAGGGCACCGUCAUCAAGGCUGACAUGCUGUGUGCAGGGAGAAAGGGGCAGGGCUCCUGCCAGGGCGACGCUGGGGCCCCACUGGUCUGUUACUGGCUGGACACUUGGCUCCAGGUUGGCGUGCUGAGCUGGGGCGUGGCCUCCAGGCACGGGAACUACCCUGGUGUCUACACCCGGGUGAUGACCUAUUCCUCCUGGGUCCGCCAGCACGUCCCGCUGGAGCAUUGAGAAGGCUUUGAGAGCUGGGGAGCCGACCUGUCCCCCUGCCAUCCCCGCCGGGCCUCCCCUCAGCUCCCCUUCCCGCCUCCAGGCCCUGUUCCUGUCCACCCCGCCUGGCCCCCGAAAUACCCCGUCCUUCCCUGACCUGGGGGUGAGGACACAGCGGCAGGGGAAGCUCAGAAGCUGGUGUCCCGUGGAUGUGGGGGAGGGGAGGACGCACCCAGGGACCUGCCUCCUGCCUGGGUCUGCCAUGCUAUUAAACUGUGUGAACAGCAGCC